AUGAUUACAGCCAUACAUUUCACCCCCUUCUGCGCCUUUAUCAUUAGCACCCUGGGAUUCUUAUUACACCAAGCCCACCUAAUUCCUACCCUACUUUGUCUUGAAGGAAUAAUACUGUCCCUAUUCAUAGCCCUAUCAAUAUGGUCCAUUCAACUAGAAGUCUCAUCAUUUAUACUUGCCCCCAUACUAAUAUUAACCUUCUCAGCUUGCGAAGCUGGCAUGGGCUUAUCAUUACUAGUUGCAUCCUCACGGACUCACGGUUCAAGUCACCUACAAAACCUAAAUUUACUACAAUGCUAA